AUGAGUGAAUUAAGUUUAGAAAAACUUCCUCCAGAAAUAUUGUUAAAUAUUGUGAAACGCCUUAACCUAUCGGACAUAGGAAAUUUAAUAUUAACUUCAAAAUACAUAAAAGCAUUUAUAAUUAAUGAAUCUUAUUUAUGGAAAUUAAUAAGCCAAGAUAGACUCAUAAUAAGUAGAAACAUACCCACCUUAAGCUGGUACCAUAGGUGUAGAAUAUCAUAUAAUUGGUGCAAAGGAAUAUUCAAGAGUAAAGUUAUUAUUCAACAUAAAAUUAAUUAUAUGCCUUGGAUGCAACUGUUAUCUCCAAAUAUUCUUUUGGUAUCUUUUGGUUCUGAUCUUGUAUGCUUUUUACUUGAGCACAGUGGUUUCAACAGAAAAUUAUUAUGGAAAUUAACUGUACCAACUAUGGAAAGGUUUGAUGUUCGUACAAAUGAUAUUUCAAGGUUCAUAGUGAAGGACAAUAUGAUUGUAUGUGGAAAUAGAGAUGGCAGUUGUGCUAUGUAUGAAUUCCAUGAUAUAAAAAUAAAACCUGUUUUACUAAAUUACAUACAAAAUUGUCAUAACUUUGGGCUAGAAGAGGUAACAGCAGUUGAAAAAUGGAAAAACUGCAUUGUCACAGCUUCAUAUAUCAGUCCUGAUUUACAUUUCUGGAGGAUGCGUAACAUUGGUUGUAGUGACACCUCUCCAAAUGAAAAUGUGAUUUUUAAAAAGCUUAAGAUUCCUGAAUGUAUUGGAUGUCGAUCAUUAACAACCGAUUCAACAGAAACAAAAAUGGCUGUUGGUCUGAAUGGAAAUAUUAUGCCUGUAUUCAUAGAUCUCAAUACUGGUCAAUAUUUAAUAGCCCCAAAGUCAGGAACAAGGACUUUGAAUCAUGUUGUCAGAGAUAUAAAGUGGCACAAUGAAUCUGGUGUUGUAUAUGUGACACAUUCUGGAAAGUUGCAAUACAUUGACGUAAGGACAGGUGGCUUGACUUAUGAAACUAGAGAUCCAUUUGAUUCAUCUCUCUAUUGCCUAAAAUCAGACGGCGAUAAAGCUGUUGUCACCGGCUCUUCAGAAUAUUCCCGUUGUGUGCUUUAUGAUAUGCGUUCAACUCAUCAUGUACAGAUGUAUUUUACACAAAAGAGGUCCACACCAAUUUACAGUUUAGAGUUUGAUGCAAAAAAAUUAAUAGCUGCGGGAGAUCAAAGAGUAGCAGUCAUCAAUUUUAAUGUUAAUUCAAGUACUACCAAAGCGAAAAAUUAUUCUUACAUUUUUCAAUUUGUAUCUUCACGUAGGUAA